AGGUUCGCGACUUCCCGCUUGCACUUACUCAGUGAAACUCUCAGAUACCCGUUGCCCGAGCCCAUUUAACCACCAUGAGGAUUAUUCUACUGGUGAUCCCAGUCUGCCUCCUGGUCCUCUCGGAAGCGCGACGCGUUCCGCAGAGCCGACAGCGAGUGGAGGAACGUCAGGUGUACUACGUCGACGAGGAUGAGGAGGGUGCGGGGGUGGAGGAGGAAGAAUCCCCGGUCGUGUACCAGCCCCGAACCCGGGCGCUUCCGUCGCCACGUUCAAAGGACACGAGCGCCUCGAAACCGCCGCCCGUUCAGACCAUCCGCAACUACAACAAGGUGAACGACGACGGCUCCUUCACGUUCGGCUACGAGGCGGCGGACGGUUCGUUCAAGGAGGAAACCCGGGGCACGGACUGCGUGGUGCGCGGAAAGUACGGGUACGUCGAUCCGGACGGCAACAAGCGCGAGUUCACUUACGUAUCCGGCAACCCCUGCGACCCCAACGCCCCCAAGGACGAGGACGAGGAGCCGGUCCGCGGACAGCCCGAGGACGACGUCUCAGGGCCCGCAAAUUACCCCUCCGUCAGACCCGUCCAGCGACCCACGCGCCCCACCUACGCCCCCACGACGCGGGCCCCCACCACCAUCUUCCAGACCCAGUACCAGAUCAGCGACGACGACGAAAGCCAGGAACUCGAGGACGUCAGGCCCCAACCACCCCAGCGCCGUCCCCCCGUCGUCUCGAUUCCUCGCCGGCAGCAUUUUACCCAACCACCUGCGACCCCCGUCCCACGUCCAACCGUCUAUCAACCGACCACCCCGCGAUACCAGGCCCCGACCACCCCCGCCUCUACCAUCUAUCGCGCCCUUGAGGCGACCACCACCCCAGCCCCCCAGCCUCAGACCUACAGGCCGCAGUUCGUGCCCGCCGUCGCCAUCACGCCGAGGCCCCAUGCGGCCCAGGUUGCGGCCCAGUACGCCCCCGUUGCGCAGACUGAGAGGCCCGGCGUGAUCUACGCCCCUGGGCCCGGGCCCCAGACGGUUCGUCACCGGAGUACCAGCCCCGCACCGAUAGGUGGCGACGACUUCGCGGCGGAGAUUGAGCGGUACGUCAACACCGUGGGACUCAGUCCCAGACCCGUGAGGCCCACGCAACCCGUCCCGCUGCAGAGCCAAAAACCGAAACAAGCGCAGCGCGCCGACCCCAUCUACCAGUCGGAACUGGUCUUUGACCCGGCAACCGGUCAGUACAAUACACAACUUUAUCAGACCCUGCCGCAGACGGUCGGAGAUUUUAGUUUGAGUCACAAGCUGCAACCGUUUGUAGCGCGGCAACAGCUCGCUCAAAGACAGCAGACGGAACAGGAGCCCAGAGCCUCCGCGGCGUCGGUUUACAGGCAAAGAGAACAGCUGCCGCAAACCGCCGCAGCCGCCCCCCAGCCACAGGCCGCCAUAUUCAGGCAGCAGCAGGCCCAAAUUUUUCAACAGUCCCAGCAACUCUACGCCCAGCAACAACGCAGACAGCAGCAGCCUCAUCGGUUUCAACUUCUAGAGUCCCAGGAAGGUUCUCAACCCUUUUACUACAUCUCGCCGUCCCCGUCAGCUGGUAGCGAUUCUUCCUCACUUUCCGCUGGACAGAUUGAUCAGUUCUUGCGCGGUGCUUCCGCCGGGUUUUAGUCGCGUUCGGGCCGCUUAACUGACGCGUUUUGACAAAAUUUCAGUCUUUUUUUUUCUUUCUUUCUUUCUUACAUGCAACGGUAGAACUACGUCGGAUCUUUAACGUACCGUGAAAUAACGAUGCAUCGACGUCAAUCGCUCUCAUGCGGAGCGUUCGAUGAGUUGAAAACUCUUAUAUAUAACAUACACGUUAUAAAAAUAUGAUUCUAUUUCUCCAUUAUAAUUUUGAUACUCUAAACUUUGUGAUCUUGAUCGCGAAACAGAGUCAAGCUUCGCCGGUAAAUAUUAUCGACGCGAGCCGAUCGCGACCUGCGGAAAUCGAUUUGAAACAUUCUCCAGCGAUCAUCUUUAGCACGAUUUAUGGAAUCAGCCAACGUGAUGGAAUCCAACGAUCGGUGACGAGUGUUUCCGUAAAUUCUCGUAUAAGGAACAAACGCAGUGAGAGCUCUCACCUGACGCAAUGCACGGCUGCGGCAAAGAUCACGUUAAAAACCGAUUUCCUUGUUACAUUACAGGUAUAACAGCAACAAUUCCGGCAAUAUAUCCGUGUAAUCCCGACGUGCGGUAAUAUAAUUUACGCACCGCUAAGCGAUAAGAAUUCUCACGGGGCGAGAAUUAAAUCCGAAAAGAAUUUGCCGAGUUUUCUAUUUUUUUUUUUUAUUUUUUUUAUUUUUCUUAACAAUCCACACAGUUUCUUCUUCCUCCUCUUAAUUUCUCGGGAUGUUGUUUCGUACACGAAGCUACGUAAUACAUGCCGAAUAGUGGAUGUGGGUCACGGUUGUUGCCUCAGGAUCAUGCACCUCUCUGCAAAAGAAUUACGUCCUCUUUCCAAACAAUUAUAAUAGGCGCAUACAUACUCACAGACUUCCUCUGAUCCAAUCUCUGGACUCUCGACUUAAAACUAAAAAGCCGAGACGCGUUGGCCGCGAUCUUACGCAAUAUACAAUUCGCGUCGCGAACGCUAUAUGCAAGCCACUCUGCCCGCCUGGCUGCCUUUAUUAGCGGACACAGGGGAAUAAAGAACCCGCUCUGUGUACCCUAUAAUACCCACGGUACAAAUGCAAUCACUUUCAUUGGCGUGGCUGCAGCUCGUUAAACAACAUUCUAACAACGAUUCGCAACCGGCGCUGAACCGUGCCAGCGGCUCAAUUCCAUGCGAAACGGUGCAGCUGCUGCAUUUUCCUUCGAAUGAAACGGAACUGCCUUCUCCUGGCGCAAAAACUAUCGCUUAUUAAUCCAUCCGUCCAUCCAUGCAUCGAUUUUUCUCAUUUCUUUUUCUUUCCUUCACUCCCUUACUCGUCGGUUUUAUUUUCUCUCUUCAUCUCACACGCAGCACCAGACUUUACGGCUUUAUUUAAUCGACUUUCUAUACACCUGUAUAUAUAUUAUACAAACAUGACAAAGCUGAUGUAACAAUUUCCAACGAUGUAUACACUUUUGUCAUCCGCAUACUACAUUGUACAUAGUUUUUAAUUUUUAAUAAUAGGUCCACCCUAAUUCUCUUAUACACAGCGUAUUAUUAUUACCAUUAUUUUUAUCAUCAGUGAUAGUUGAUAUUUUUAAAAAGAAACGUACGCGAACUUAUGGCGAAAACUCGAUGAUUGUAUAGCUUUGAACGAAUUUUCGCGUUAUGGUGAUUAAUGUUAUUAUUAUUAUUUUUAUACUGUUUGUAUGUAUUACGAUCGUAAGUGAAUAAAAUGUUAUUACAAAUCUGA